CCGCCCUCCGCCCCUCAGGCCCCAACACGCCGUCCUCCCGACCGUGAUAUCCCGCGUCCCUCGCCGUCACCGCCGCCGCUCAGCUAUACGCGGCAGCACCUCCAAGCUCGUGCGGCCAUUCUAGUCCACGUGAGCGCCGCGCCGCCCGUGCCCCGGCUACGAAUUCCGAGUACUGAUUCAACUGCCGAGCCGACCAAGGCCAGAGUCUACUGGGCCCCCGGCGAGCAAGAGCUGCCCCCGUCGUCGCCGCAUCGUCACUGCCCUGUAGCAGCAAGGACACCAUGAAGCUCGACGUGAACGCCCUGCGCUACCUCACCAAGGACGACUUCCGCGUCCUCACCGCCGUUGAGAUGGGCAUGCGCAACCACGAGAUUGUCCCAGCAGAGCUCGUUGACAGGAUCGCCGGACUGAAGCAUGGUGGCACAUACAAAGUGCUCAGGAAUCUUUUGAAGAACAAAUUGGUGCACCAUGAUGCCACUAAAUAUGAUGGAUAUCGGCUCACCUAUCUUGGAUAUGACUUCCUUGCCAUCAAGACUUUGGUUAGUCGAGGAGUUUUUGCUUCAGUUGGCCGACAAAUUGGUGUUGGAAAGGAGUCAGACAUAUUUGAGGUUGCCACAGAGGAUGGUACAGUGCUUGCCAUGAAGCUUCAUAGGUUGGGCAGGACAUCUUUUAGGGCUGUGAAAUCUAAGCGUGACUAUCUAAGGCAUCGAAGGAGCUUUAAUUGGCUGUACCUCUCACGACUUGCAGCUUUGAAGGAAUUUGCCUUUAUGAAGGCUUUAGGAGACCAUGGUUUCCCUGUUCCAACUGCUGUAGAUUGCAAUCGGCAUUGUGUGAUCAUGUCACUUGUGCAGGGAUAUCCUCUGGUUCAAGUGAAAGAGUUACAAAAUCCAGAUGAUGUUUUUGACACAAUUCUUGGUCUUAUUGUCCGUUUGGCAGAGCAUGGGCUGAUACAUUGUGACUUUAAUGAGUUCAAUAUCAUGAUUGAUGAUGAUGAAAAAAUUACAGUUAUUGACUUCCCACAGAUGGUAUCUGUUUCUCAUUGUAAUGCGCAAAUGUUUUUUGACCGAGACAUUGAGUGUAUCUACAAGUUCUUCAACAAGAGGUUCAAUCUUACAUCAGAGAAAAAUGAAGAACAAGCUGGAUCUGAAAGUGAUGGUGAAGGGAAUAGCAGGCCAUCCUUUUUGUCUGUGAAAAAGUCUGCUGGUUCCUUGGACAAGGAACUAGCUGCCAGUGGAUUUACCAGGAAGGAGCAAGUGGAGAUGGAGAAGUGCAUUGAGGAAGAUGCUGAAGGACAUGAUUCCAGCUCAGACGAUGAUGAUGAGAUUGGUGAUGCUGUGCCUAUUGAUUCCUUGAAGAUAGACCAGGACCACUGUGAUGAGCCUGAUUGUAAUCUUGCCUCAAGGGAUUCAGAUGGAGCUGGAACUUUUUCUGAAGAGCAUGGUACAAGUUGUAGCGGUGAGGACAGAUUGGAAAGUCCUCCCUCAGGUAGCAAUGGGGAUGCUAAGGAACCACUUGAAUCAGAGGGCAAGAUGCUUUCCCAGGAAGAUGGGGAUAAUGAUAGCUCGUCGAAUGAUGAUGACGACGAUGAGGAAGACGCGGAACUCACAAAAAAAUUAAACAGGCAAAGGAAAAAGGCAAUUGCAGCUGCCCAUGGGCGGAGAAGGCCUGUGUCCUCCAGGAAUGCCUACAAGGACAAGGGGAAGGGCACCAUGAACUCCAAAAUCCAAAGGCAGGCGUGCAAGUGGUGAUGGUUGCACACCUAGGGCGCUCAUACUGCUAAUCUGCUAUGCUAAGAGAUUAGAUCAAGCACCCCCCUCUUGGGUUAUAGGAUCAGCUCUGGCAUUUCUUUCUUUUACCUGCCAUACCUUCUGUACACGGUUCUGACUAGAUCAAGUGAUGCUUUCUCUUACUGAAUAUCGAGAAUACAUGUUUGGCAGCUGCCUAAUCAGUACAGUCCGUCUUC